AUGAGCUCAACCAACUUCGCCGCUGCUCAGGAGCGGGUUCUGGAACGCCGCCGUCUUCGUGAAGCUGAGUCUCGCGCUCGGCUGGCAGAGCAACAGCGGGCUUCCCCGGUGAACCAUCCCGCCCUCCAACGACUUCCAUACCCGCUCAAUACCCUCCCACAAACCGGCUUCUCCCUAUGGAACGCCAUUCGAGGCCGUGAGGGCAUCCGGCCUGCCUUUCGCGUGGGUCAGGUCGAUGCCGAACUCCUCGACGAAGAACUGCUCGGCUUGCUCAAGAACCAAGUCGGCGAUGCCCUGAAGUAUUAUGGGCCCCAGCUUCGCGAGGACUGGUCCAACGAAAUCCAGUUUGCCCUGCGCGCUCUAUUGUUCAAGCUUUCGAUCUGGGAUCACGACGCCUCCUACGGCGCGGCAUUGCAAGGUCUGAAAUAUGUGGACAGUCGCAGCAAAGGGCCCGUGCAUUCCACCCCGACCAAAUGGCAAAAGACACUGUAUGGAUUGCUCACCGUCGGUGGCCGUUACGCGUGGGACAAGUGGGAAAGCUGGCUGAUCAACCAAGAAGGGGGCUACGAGGAGCCAUCGCGCGAAGUGCGCCUCCUAUCCCGACUGACCGAUCUCGUCUCAACCACCCACUCGAUCGCCGCCUUUAUCUCUUUUCUCGUGUUCCUGGUCAACGGCCGAUACCGCACCCUGGUCGACCGCAUUCUUCGCAUCCGCCUCACGCCACCCUCUGCGCAAGCGAGCCGCGAAGUGUCGUUUGAGUAUCUGAAUCGCCAGCUGGUGUGGCAUGCGUUUACGGAAUUUCUCCUUUUCCUGCUGCCUCUGGUGGGGAUCAGUCGCUGGCGACGGUGGGUGUCUCGAGCCUGGCGGAAGACCAUGGCCACGCUGAAAUCGAGCGAGGACGAGGACGAGACUGUGGAAAAGCAGGGAGAGCUGGCUUUCCUCCCCGAGCGGACGUGUGGGAUAUGCUAUCAACAGAACAACCCGUCAUCUGCGACGGAGAGCGAAGCCAUCGCGGCGUCGGCGGCAUCCGGUGGAAUCAUCGGGUCCGCGCAGACGGACAUUACAAACCCCUACGAAGCUGUUCCUUGCGGCUGCGUCUACUGCUUUGUCUGUCUCGUGCAGAAGAUCGAAGGCGAAGAAGGCGAGGGCUGGGUGUGUCUGCGCUGUGGGGCGGUCGUCAAGAAGUGCAAGCCAUGGAAUGGCGAUGUGCUGGAGGAGGCUCGGCCCCAGUCCAGCUCGGGAAAGAUGGUCGGAUUUGCUGUGGAUAAUGAGGCUGGAGUGAAUGAGGUGUCGGAGAAGAGAGCAGAGAGUCCUAGCCCGACGCCGGAGGACGAUGCGCUCCAACACUCGCACCAGUGGUCGACAAUUGAGCGAGAAUCAGCCGAUGGUGAGUCGGACGCAGCGUCCCAGCAUUCUGAGUGA